AAGGGGUGAUCCCAUCCAUCCACCACAAAUCUAGUGCUCAUUGUGGUAGAAUUUCAGUACACUGGACUGUACAGAACAGGGUACCAUCCAGGCUGUCAGUGAGGGGUGGGGUCCGGCUGCUGAUACCACCAAACAUAAGCUCAAAGAGGGACACGGAGAGGUGGAAAAAGACGGGGAAAGAGUGAAGAGGGGGGAAGACAGCACCUGAAGAGGAAUAUAAUACGGGAUGAAAGGAGACACCCCAGUGAACAGCACCAUGAGUGUGGGCCAAGCCAGGAAGCUGGUGGAGCAGCUGAAGAUCGAGGCCAGUUUCUGCAGGAUAAAAGUGUCAAAGGCCGCGGCCGAUCUGAUGGCGUACUGCGACGCCCACGCCUGUGACGACCCCUUGAUCACGCCCGUGCCCACCUCAGAGAACCCCUUCAGGGAGAAGAAGUUCUUCUGCGCUCUGCUUUGAGACACAUCAGGGAUUGUUGGGAUUAAGAGUACAGCUGUACAGUAUGUACAAUGUAUGUACAGUGUGUACAUGUACUUCCAAUCGAGAUAAGAUAUCAAUGUACUAUAGUAACCUUGCAUAAAAGCUGCCGAUGUACAGUACACCACAUACAUCGUCUUGAGCUGUGAACAUUUAGGUGAAAGAGAACAAAAUUAAUAAUCUUCAAAUUUGACUAAAUUGAAAACACAUUUGGGGGAUUAAUUAACUUUUCUGUGGCUAAAAUACAUCUCAUUUUCCAGGAUCAUAGUCAUUAUUCUAGCAGUAUUAAGACGCUUCAUGUUUCCAUAUGGGGUCAGUGAGUAACGGAGGUGCUACCCAGCUCAGCUGCUGACGGGUCAGGAAGUCCGGCUCUCAUGAAGCACCCGAACAUGUGAGACCUGAUCAAUGAGAGGCACAAAUAAGGUCAUUUAAUGUGAAAUUUAAGGUUUUUUUUUGUAUUUUUUCUUUUAAAAUCCAGUCGACUGUCACUGCAUUUCAUAUUUUCAGUUCCUGUACGUAGAGGAAUGGCUGAUUUCUUUCAAGGCUUAACUAAGACGUCUGCUUUUUGCCCACUUUCUUUACUCGUGUGGAUGUAAUGUGUGCGCGUCCAGGUGCUACAGGUUAAGCAAAAAGCACCCAACCACUGUUAAAAAGAAGAAAAAUUAAGAUUUUAUAGUUCAAGCACAUGGUAACCCAUUCAUUAUUAGCAGUCUCUUGAGUGGCUAAUUUUCUAAUUUCCCUUCAGAGUUUGAGGUAUUUUACAGACUGUAUUAGCGUUUUAACUGUUCAGAUGUGAGAUUUCUCCACAGGCUAACUCUAUUACCUUCCAUUCAGAUGAAUAAGGACGUGUAUGUGGACGUAUGACUUUGUGAACCCUCGUUCUGGACUGUUUAAGAAAUAAAACCAUGUACUCUGCAGACACCAUAGAAGCAGAAAGAGUAAAAACCUGACAUCCAAG